AUGUAUGGGUAUGGAGGUGGUCAAAGGAAAAGGGAGCAAUGGGAAUUCAUUGAAGAAACAAGAAGAAAUAUUUCUAGUCCCUGGGUUUUAAUGGGUGAUCUUAAUAUUCACCUUACAAAAUCUAAUUCUUCUACUUCAAGUGAUAGCAGUGUUAAUGCUAUGAUUCAGAAUAUUGGUUUGGAAGAUUUGGGUUUCAUUGGUAAUGAACAUACAUGGAAAAAUAAUAAUCUGGGUACUGGUAAAAGAAGAUCAAGAAUUGACAUGGCACUGGGUAAUGCAGCUUGGAAUUCAGUUUUUCCAUCUUCAAGGGUUCUUCAUCUAAGUCAAAUAGGUAGUGAUCAUUGUCUUAUAAUGCUUAUUAUUGAUUAUAAUCAGCCUAAACUUUGGAAACUUUUUAAGUUCUUCCAAACUUGGUUGAAUGAUAAGAAAUGUGCAGUGGAAAUUGCUAAGGCAUGGAGUAAGCAGGUGCAGGGCUUUGCUGCUUUCAUACUCACUAAGAAAAUGCAGUUUACUAGAAUUGCACUAUCUAAGUGGAAUAGAAAGCACUUUGGAAACAUUAAUCAUCAGGUGGAUACUCUUCAACAACAACUCACAGAUAUUCAAGCACGACCACAUUCUCCAGAAAAUACUUCAAAAGCUCUUGAAGUCAAUGCAGAAUUACAAAGGUGGCAUCAUAUUCAGUAUGAAUUCAAUAAACAGAAGCCCACAGAUAAUUUUCUUAAAGAUAUGGAUAAUAAUACAAAAUAUUUCCAUACUCUUACUAAGAGAAAGAGAGUUAGAAACAAUAUUAAUUCUCUCAAGGAUAAGAAUGUUAUUGAAGAAAAGUCUAACAACCAUCUUCCAACCACCACCACUGAAGAAGACAACAUAUUACUCGCUGUAGUUCCAUCUAAUGAAGAAAUUUUCUCUGUUCUUAAAGGCAUGGAAAAUUGGCCAGCUCCAGGUCCUGAGAGGUUUCAAGUCGGGUUAUAUAAAUCACAAUGGGGUAUUGUUGGAGCUGAUAUUGGAUUCAGCUUAUCAAGCACUGUAUCAGCACUACUACCCUCUCAGUUCUUCUCAAUGGCUCUCCAUCUGAUGAAUUCAAGCCCUCAAGGGGUAUUACACAGGGAGAUCCUUUGUAUCCUUACUUAUUCAUCUUGGCUAUGGAAUGAUGAUUGUUUAAUCUUUACACAUGCCAAUUUAACCAGUGUGACAAAUCUUCUACAAGUCAUUGAAGAUUUCAGUUCACAAUCUGGUCAGGUCAUUAAUUUUGACAAAUCUUCCAUUUUGUUUAGUAAUAGUAUGGAUCCUUCUAAGUGUGACACUCUUAGUCACAUUCUUGGUGUAAAGAAUAUGGACAGUAAAGAAAAGCUAGAAGAGGCACAAUGGUUAAAGCUGUGCUCAAUGCAGUUCAAAGAAGUUAAUCAAGAAGUUAGACUCUCUUCAAAGGAAGUUCUUUUGGGGAUACAAAAUAAUAGAGGUAAUAAUCCUAUAGCUCGGAGUAAUUUAUGUAUUCCUAAAGAUAUUGGAGGAUUGGCUUUUAGAGAUCUUGAAAAACUCAAUCAUGCUCUUCUCACAAAGAUGGCAUGGAGAAUUUGUACACAAUCUGAUUUGUUAUGUGUCAAAGUUCUAAAGGAAAAGUAUUUCAAGGAUGAGGAUUUUCUUCACAUACAAAAGGAUAAAAGUAAUUCAAGCUAUAUCUGGAGAGGUGUUGAAGUUGGACUCAAGCAUCUUCAAGAGAAUACCUGUAUGGAAGUUUAUAAUGGUAAGAAAACUCGUAUUUGGCUUGAUAACUGGAUAAUUAAUCUGGAUAUUAAGCCUACACCUCCUUGCCCAAGCCAGCAGAAUUAUGAGAAUGUAUCUGAACUUGUAUCUCGUAACUCCAAUGAUUGGAAUAUGAGUUUACUUCAAACACUUUUUUCAGUUGAAGUAGUGGACAAAAUAGUAAGAAUGCAGGUGAAUAUAAAUGAUGAAGAAAUUGUUCUAUGUAAACCUACAAGGGAUGGAUUACAGUCAAGAGUGCAUACAAUAAACUGGUAG